UUCUUAGCUCAGUAGCUACAGACUACCAUGCGGGCUCUUAUCGUAUUCGCGAUCCUGUCGGUGGCGGCUGCUAAACCGAAGCCAGGCGGUAUCAUUGACGACUGGCACGCACCUGCAAUUCCGUCAUAUAGCUACGUGCAACAACCCACGGUAGCGGUCGCGCAACCAGUAGCAGUCGCGCAACCAGUAGUCCAUGCAGCCCCAGUAGCCAUCGCCAAGCCAGCUGCUACCAGCUACGCGUCGUUCCAACAAAUCGUGCACCCAGUGCACGUCGCCCAGCCAGUGGUGCAUGCAGCCCCAGUGAUCUCGCAGCCCGUAGUCCACGCGGCCCCAGUGGUGCAGACAGUGGCCCAGCACGUGGUGGCCCAACCCGUGGUCCAAACCAUUGCCCAGCCCGUGGUCCAGAAAUACGUGUCUGUUGGAUCUUACGGCGGAUCCUACGGCGGAUCUUACGGAGGCGGCUAUGGACACGGGUGGUAAGGUCUAAAAGACCCCUUAAAGAGUGUAAAUAUUUUUCUAUAAGCGUUAAGAUCCUGUCCGUAUUGUUGAUGUGGUGCAAA